AUGAGGAUUAUUAUACUCACUCUACUUGUGGCCGCAUGCGUGAGCGCUGACUUGUUCGACCUCAAAAAAUCGCUUGUGGUUGGCAGUCUCAAAGGGCUCAUCAAGCACGAAGUGAACAAAAAAAUAAAAAAGACUAUAAGUCGCAUCAAGGAGGUCAUCGAUAGCAAAAUGAAUGAUUUCCGCAAAAAAUUGAGCGGAUACAGAGAAAAGAUACUGCAGUCGCUUCACCUGUCGAAGGAGCAAAGAAAUGAGCUUGUAGAAAGACUGAAGAUGUUGAAAAGAAAAACUAUUGACAAAGUUCUACCGACAGGAGACACAAUUGAGGAGAUCAACGAAAUGAGCAAUAUUUCAGACUCACUAUUCCAGGGAGAUAUGGUCCUUACGGAGUCCGUGCGCAAGGUUCAAAGUGUGUUCAAGAAAGCUGCACACCAAUGGAUGUCUGAUACAUGUAUAAACUUCAUACCUACCAAAUUCGCAGAAGACAGUAUCCGAGUGUUUGCGGACAUGGAUGUUGGUCCUACGUUGGUAGACUUGGUGGUGCGCAAGACCUCUCCCUGGGUGAAGGCUGUGAAA